AUGGCGUGGAUCAACACAUGGCCGGCCACACACGACCUGAGCGCCAAGGUCGCCGGUGCCUUUGCAUUGGCCGGCGGUAUGAGCUCGGGCGAGGAGCUCGUGCUGCUCAACCUCCUCCACUCGCUCAUGAUCUUUAAAUUCGUUGUCGUCGGUGGCGAUGCGUGGACAAGCGCGUUUGGCGCCUCGGCCAUCAUGGGCGAAGGACCCUUUCACCUCGGCACCAACAACAGCAGCAAUCAACCUGGUGCGUGGCCGUCGAUCUGCUAUCGCCACGACAACCACAUUCCCGCGUACUUUUUCUUGAAAGCCCAUGGACUCGGGCAGCGCGUCGCUACUGUCGCGAGCAAACUGCGGGCGCCGCACGAAGCGUGA